AUGUUGAUUUCUUUGGAAUUCCCACUUGUGGUGGCCCGCAAUUUGCUGACGUGCCAGCACGAUCUUGCACUCGCCGAUUCGGAAAAAAAUCUAGGGUAUCAUUUAUCCGCAGAUGGCUGCAGAUGCAUAGCCGAAAGUAAACAUGUCGAGCGACAGGUCCGGAGUGCUGUGUCCAAGCCCGACUGUGCCGGAGCGGAGUCCUGCGUGCGAAAGAGGGCAUGUAUGCUGGCAGUGCUAUUAUCACUCCACCAUCGAGAGAGCGUGUUUUCGGAAGCCAGGUGUUCGUGGCUAAAACAACAGCUCCUACAGCCUUGCCUCAGCCGUUCGUUCGCACAGCGUGUCCCCCAAUAUUCUCCUUCUGUCACCUUGACAGCUCAUGUACCACAGACGGACACACCUUGCAGGUUUCCACACGAUGGUCAUCGCUCGCGUAUCUGCUUCUUGCGCGAUCUGAAGUUAUUUUCCCGGUGUUAUAAACCGACGAUUGCUCCAGAAGACGCGGGAGAAGUUCUCCGUCCACCUUCUAGAGCUCCUAGAAAGGGCCCUCAUCUCGUUUUGGGCGCCUACUAG